AUGGUACGAAAAUUAAAAUAUCACGAACAAAAAUUGCUGAAGAAAGUCGAUUUUAUAUCAUGGGAAGCAGAUAACAAUCUGCACGAAGUGAAAAUUCUGAAACGUUAUCGAAUACAAAAAAGAGACGACUAUACGAAGUAUAAUAAAUUAGCACGAGAAAUUCGCGAAUUAGGGAAAAAAAUUAAAGAAAUUGAUGCGGAACAUCCAUUUCGAAUAGAACAGAGUGCGUUAUUGUUGGAAAAAUUGUAUAUAAUGGGACUUAUAGCAACAAAAUGGGAUUUAUUACUAACGCAAAAAGUCAGCGCAAGUUCAUUUUGUAGAAGACGAUUGCCAGUUGUUAUGGUACGAAAUAAAAUGAGUCAAAAUUUAAAAAUGGCAACACAAUUAAUAGAACAAGGUCAUGUUAGAGUUGGUACAGAAGUUGUAAAAGAUCCAGCUUUUCUGGUCACAAGGUAAACUAAACUAAAUACUUUAAAAUAAUAAAAAAAGAGUAAGACAAUCAAUUAAUAAUUGGCACAUAUGCCUUAUAAUUUUUUUAAAUGUUAUUUUUCUAGAAACUUGGAAGAUUUUGUUACUUGGGUGGACACAUCUGCUAUUAAGAAAUAUGUAUUGGAAUACAACGAUGCUGUAAGUAUACAUCCAUGUCCUAUAAUAUGUUUCUUUGUAUUUACUGUGUUUAUUAAUUUUGUACAUUGUUAUAUUACAGAGAGAUGACUUUGAUAUGGCAUGAAACAAAUAAAAACAAUUGAAAUUUUUAAUUCCUAAUAAUUAUGAAGAUUCUUAUAUUGAAAUAUUAUAUAAUAUUUGUUAUAUAAUAAAUUUUAUCUAUCUCUGAGAAUAACUUUCUGACGUCUUUCAUUGGACUGUUUCUUAUGAAUUUGUUGAAGUAUAACCUCACGCAUAAUAUUAAUAUAGUUACUAGAAAGAAAGAAAUAAUAAAUUAAAAACUUGAAAAUAUGAUUUGUAUAUUUCCAAAUACUCACCAAAGAUACAAUAUUGAUUUAAUAUUUCUAAGUAUUUCUUUACGAUGAUUUUGAAUAUCUUCUAAAAUAUCAUCAUUGCUAGGUGAUGUAUUCUUUUUUGUAAAUUUUAAUAUCUCUGUUUCCGAUGUGAAAGUUUUAUUUUUAUUGUCACAUAAAAUAAUAUGUUUUUUUUUUCUUUCAGAACCCUAAUUAA